CGCGCCGUGAUUGCGCAUCCCCAUGCGGCGCUUUUAGUUGGCAAUGCGAGCGCGACUCGUCCGCAGUCUCCGGUCUCCAGCCUCCGAUCUCCGCCAGCGAUCUCACAUCUCCGGUUCGCCAUUCUCCGGCUCUCCAUUCUCGGUUUAGGUUACGUCCCGUUCGGUUCGUCAAACUGCGUUGCGCGAAAAAUUGCGUUUAAUUAAAGUAUAAAGGCCAGCGAGCUCCUCAAUUACGGCUGCUCGUGGGAUGAGUCGCCACAGCCAGCUGAAGCUAGCGAUGCCCUCGGUUCACGGGGCUCCUGGCCAGGCCACGCCCUCAUCCUCCGCCUCCGCCUCCCCACCGCGGAGACCCGUGAAGCUGGGCCUGGGUGUUAAUCAGCGAACGGGUCGCGUGCAAUGGUGUCCCGGUCUGACGUGCUGCAAACUGCUACUCCUUCUUCCAGUUUUAAUGCUGCCCCUGACCCUCGUGCUCAUCCUGAUCAUGCGGCUGGACGGGAUGCUGGAGGCGCUGCAGCUGAACGAGCAAAGGAUGCGGGAGCGACAGGAUUCUGCAGCGGGGGAGGUUCCCGCCUAUAUGGAGGAUUACGAGGCGCUUCUGCCGGAGGGCAGCACCUACAACGAGCUGAUCAACGAGGAGUUCCUCCUGCCGGCCAGUAAGCGAGCCCAGCUGCAGCUCCUGGCGGCGGAGAGGGCCCGUCGCUGCCAGCCAUAUCGGUAUGGAAACGGCGAGGCCAUGGAGCUGGAGGAGCGCAACACGCUGAUGAAGGACUCGCGCACCUCCUUCCUGCCACUGGGCAUUCCACGCGAGUGCCUCGGCAGCGGGCUCGAUCUGGACAUCAAGCCCCUGGACUCGGAGGUCUAUCAGCGGCAGAAGAAGCGCUACCAGGACAUUGCUCCCUACUGGCUGGAGAGGAUCAGGACACGCGAGAGACGCGAGGCCGAACGGCAGGCGGAGGAAGAGGCCAGUUCCGAGAUCAGCGAAGAGACCGCCGCCCUGCAGAGCUUCUGGAACGAGGAGGGCACCCGGGAGGGCAUUCGUCUCACCCAGGCCAAGACCAUGAAGCGCUACAUGGACCAGAAGGUGGAUCCCUGUGUGGACUUCUACAAGUACGCCUGCGGCAACUGGGAGCGACUGCAUCCGAUUCCCAAGGAUAAGGCUGGUUUUGAUACCUUUGAAAUGCUGCGCGAGAGUCUGGACCUGGUGCUAAGGAAUCUCCUGGAGAAGAAUGAUGCCACUGUGCAACCCGCGGCGGAGCCACGAAAGAGUCCGGUGCGAAAUACACUCUUCAAGCUGAAUGAGCAGGGCGAGGGGGAGGGAGAAGCGGAAGCGGACCAGCCGGCGGCGGCGGAACUAACAGCGGAACGCCUUCGACGGCACAUUGUCAGCAAGAGGCAGUUGCUCAACCGGGUGCUGGUGCGCUACAAACGCUAUACCAACGGAACGAAGAGGAAGCGCCUGAUUGAGACGCCACGUGAGCGGACCAAAGAGGAGGAGGCUGCUCCGCCAGGCAGCCUGCCCAAGGACAAGUCCAAGGACAAGCCGGACAACGAGGAGCAACUGCAUGUGCCCAGCGAUUUCCUGAAGCCCCAACAUGACGCCCAGCUGAAGGCCAAGAAUCUCUAUCGCUCCUGUGUGAACAGUGCCCUGCUGGCCAAGCGUGGAUUGGAACCGCUGCACACGCUCAUCCGGGAACUGGGUGGCUGGCCCGUUCUGGAGCCCCAGUGGAGCGACACCAACUUCAACUGGCAGGUGCUGGCCGCCACAUUGAGGCGCUACAACAACGACAUCCUCAUCGUCCAGUGGGUGGGGGCGGACAUCAAAAACUCCGAGGAGAACAUCGUCCAGUUCGACCAGACGGGCCUCGGCCUGCCCACCCGGGAGUACUUCCUGCAGCCGACCAACGCCAAGUAUCUGCAGGCCUACCAGCGCUACAUGUCCGAGGUGAUGCACAAGAUGGGCGCCUCCAAGGCGGACGCCCAGCGGGUGGCCAGCGAGCUGGUGGCCUUCGAGACGCAGCUCGCCGGGAUUACGGCACCAGCGGAGCAGCGACUCAACGUGACCAAGCUCUACAAACGGAUGACUCUGGACCAACUUCAGGCUGUGGUGCCCGAGAUCAAGUGGCGUGCGUAUCUGCAGAGCCUGCAGGAUCGCGAGGUCCUGGGCUCCGAGGAGGUGGUCAUCUACGCGGUAGAGUACAUGAGCAAGCUGGUGACCCUGCUGGAUGAGUCGGAUCCCCGCACGGUGGCCAACUACAUGAUGUGGCGCUUUGUGCGGCACCGCAUCAACAACGUGGACGAUCGAUUCGAUGACAUUAAGCAGCACUUCUAUCACGCUCUCUUUGGCCGCGAGGAGAGUCCGCAGCGUUGGAAGGUGUGCAUUGCCCAGGUGAACACCAAUAUGGGCAUGGCGGUGGGCUCCAUGUUCGUGAGUCGCUACUUCGACAACAACAGCAAGCGGGACACCCUGCGUAUGACCCACGAUCUGCAGCAGGCCUUCCGCGACAUCCUGAAGACCACCGACUGGCUGGACUCGACCACCAAGCAACUGGCCGAGGAGAAGGUCAAUGCCAUGUCCCUGAAGAUCGGCUAUCCGGACUUUAUCCUCAAUCCGGGUGAGCUGAACGGCAAGUACGCGGGCAUCGAAAUCCAUCCGGACAAGUACUUUGAGAAUACGCUGAAUGUUCUGCUCCACACGGCCAAAACGGAGCAGGCCAAGCUGCACGAAAGGGUCAACAAGACCAACUGGCAGACGGCGCCGGCCAUCGUGAAUGCCUAUUAUAGCCGGAACAAGAACCAGAUCAUGUUCCCCGCUGGCAUCCUACAGCCGCCCUUCUACCACCGCCACUUCCCCAAAUCGCUGAACUUCGGGGGCAUCGGUGUGGUUAUUGGCCACGAGCUGACCCACGGCUUCGACGACAAGGGAAGGCUCUUCGACAGGAAUGGCAAUAUCCACAAGUGGUGGACGGACUCCUCGAUCCGGGGAUUCGACGAGCGAGCCCGCUGCAUCAUUGCCCAGUACAGCAACUAUACCGUCGAGGAGGUGGGCAUCGUUCUGAAUGGAGAGAGUACCCAGGGUGAGAAUAUCGCGGACAAUGGAGGUCUGCGCCAGGCCUUCCACGCCUACCAGCGCUGGCUGAAGGAGCAUCCCAACGAGGUCCAGGACGAGAUCCUGCCGGGCCUCAAUAUGACGGGGCCGCAGCUGUUCUUCCUCAACUUCGGACAGGUGUGGUGCGGAGCGAUGCGACCGGAGGCCAUACGGAACAAGCUGAACACGGCCAUCCACAGUCCAGGUCGCUUCCGGGUGAUCGGAACGCUCUCGAACUCCUUUGACUUUGCGCGGGAGUUCAAUUGUCCCCUGGGCUCACCGAUGAAUCCCUUCAAGAAGUGCAGCGUCUGGUAGCCGAUGAACCAGAGUUAUAGCCUAAGAGUAUUAAACAUGACAUAUGCCUUGCAGCCCAAGACCAAAGACCGAGGGCAAGCCAGUUGGCUUCAAUUGGUUCCCAUUCCCAAAGACAAUGCCUCGGAUCGCAUGGGAUGUCUGGACUCCCAUCACACCAACAAAGAUAAUGUGCCAAAAAUUAACUUGCAAUUCUAUAUAUUUUUCUUAGCCCUUGACUAUUUAUAUUUCUAACUUGCAAUAGUUUAGUUUAUGAUGCAAUUUAUGUUUGUGAUAAUUCUAAUUAAAUGUAUAUUAUCAAA